CAUUGGUUACAUGAUGUGAAAGGUGAGCAUUGAUUGGUCAAUAAUGACAGGUAGUUGAAGAAGAAGAUGCUGCAUAUUAAUUAAUGUAAAAUACCUUCCAGACAGCCUUACUCAGACAUAGAUAAUGACAAUGGCUUCAGGACAGACACAGAAUCUAGCUGUUAGUAAAGGGCUACUUGGAGAGAAAUUUACAUGUCUUAUUUGUGGGCAGGAAGACUUGACUGAAGAAAACAUGAGAACACAUGUACUGUUGGAACAUGUUGAAAAUAAUGUGUGUUGUCCAUUCUGUGAUUUGUCAGGUAUUACAAGUGAUGAAAUGAAUAUUCAUAUAAAUACCGUACAUUUUGAUGACAUGACAAGUCCUGAUAUGAAGGUGACAGAAGGAGAAACUAACACAACAAGCACCAGAACUAGACAUGGUUCAGGUAAAGAUGAUCCAGAAAAAUUUGGAAUAGAACAUGGUGGAGCAAUACCUAAAACACCAUCUAAAACUUCAUUGAAACAUUCUCACAGUUUAGAUCAAAGUCCUCAAAAAUCGCCAUCUAAAAAAUCAUCAUCAAGUAUGAAAACUUCCCAAUCAGAAUCGAAUAUAAACAGAAGAGGUAAAUUGCAACUAAAUUUUGAGUUAGUGAAUGAGCCGGGUCCAUCAAGAAUGGUAGGAGAAUCUGCGUCAUCUGAGACAAUCAGAGCUUCAUCAUCUUCUCAUUCUUUAAAACCUUCUGUCUCAUCGCAUACAAUGAGGGGUUCAUUAUCAUGUGAUACAUUUGACAGUGCGCAAAACUCACAAUUAGAUUCAGAGCAAAGUGUUCGAAUGAGACUUCAAAACAGUAUACAUAGUCAAAAUGAUGUAAUAAUGGAAGAAGGUCAAGACAACAACAACAUUCCGUUACAGCCCAACCUAAACCAAGUCCUCCAGCCAGAUAUAAAUGAUAAUGUAGAGCCAGAUAUAAAUUCUAACAUGCCAGCAGGAUUCUCAUGCCCUCUCUGUCAGUUUAUAACGUCAUCGGAGAAUCUGAUUCAGGCACAUGUUAAUAUGGCACAUGUUGAUGUUUUAAGCCCUGCCAGGCCAAGACCAACCGGAUCUGAAGUAGGACCUAGUAGUAGAAGUGAUACUACGAGUCUAUAUAGUAGUGCGUCUGCUACAAGUAGUCAGAUGGAGAUUGGUGAAGAAUAUCCAUGCCCAAUUUGUAUGAGGAUCUACACAAAUUCAGGGGAGCUAAGUCUACAUGUAAAUCAGGAACAUUCUCAGAUAUUUAGCCCAGAUAAACCAAGGGCAGCUAUAGGAGAAGCAGUGGCAGGCCCAUCUGUCUUACACUGUCCUGUAUGUGAAAUGGAAUUUUAUGAAAAAUCCAGGUUAGAAGCACAUGUAAAUGGUCAUUUCUCAGCGGAACAGACGCCUAUACAAGAAAGAACAGAUAAGAUGAUUGCCCAAGCUCUACAGGAGAAGGAGACGGACAUGGCUAAUCAUGAAGAAGAAAAAGAGUUUCAAAAAUUACAGGUGAUGUUUGGAAUGGCAGAGGGAACACCUUAUAAGAAGGCAUAUGAGACCAAUCUUGAAAGGGCUGUUGCUAACGGUGAUUUAAGUGUUGUUGAAUUUCAUGAGCGUAAAAAUGGUUUCAAGUUCGCAGAUGCCAGAGGAAUUGAUGAUGGAACGUCGUGUACUAAAGGUAUUGUGUGUUGGGAAAAAACUGCAGGGGUUUUUACCCCAACACCAAACCCAUGGUGUUGCCAAAAGCUUUGGGUUUAUGGGCCAGUGGUAAGUCAUUAUGCUGGGUUCUAUGGUGACAAGGGCUGGGGGUGUGGAUACAGGAAUUUUCAGAUGUUACUUUCAUCUCUAAUGACAGAGCCUACCUAUAACAAAGUUCUGUUCACAACUAAAUUGUAGCUACCUCUGGCAUCUCUUAGAGUGAAGUGUAAACUGCUAGACUUUCAUAAUCCAUCAGGCCCAAAUGGAACACAUCCUAAGUUGUUUGAAUGGGUAAAGAGUUAUUUUGAGAAAUCUGCUGUGUUUAAACCACCAUUGUAUCUACAACAUCAAGGUCAUAGUCGUACCAUAGUUGGCAUCGAGGAAUUGAAGGACAAGACUUUGCGUCUGCUAAUAUUUGACCCGAGUGCAAGGAAGAAGCAGAUGCAGUUGUUUCACAGUAUAGUUAAUGCCAAUCUAAUGAGAACGCUAAGAAAACCUCUAGAAAACCUUAAAGCUAAACAAUACCAGAUAGUAGCUGUAGCCGGAGUGCUUACUGAACAAGAGUAUCAGGAACAUAAGAUCAUAAAAUCAAACAGACUGAGCUAGCAGAAUAAAAAAAUGUUGCGUAGUUGAACCAAAAACCAGAUAGACUAACGAAACUUGUGAUUUAUCUUGUCUUUCUUCAAUAUAUUUAGUAAGUUUUAGCUCAUUUGAGCAUUAGGCUUUUGUGUUUUAUUGUCACUGUGAUCUGUGAAGCAAUAGGAUAGACUUUUAUCCACUGUCAAUGUCAUAGAUGUGUGAAGCAAUAUGAUUGGAUAAUAUGUACAUCAUGUGAUGAGUAAUGCAUUAUGAUUGGAUGACAUUCAAUAUCUGUGUCUGUCAACUGAUGUGUGAAGCAAUAUGAUUGAAUAAUAUGUACAUCAUGUGAUGUGUCAGUGAUGCAUUAUGAUUGGCUGUCGUUCAAUAUCUGUGUCUGUCAACUGAUGUGUGAAGCAAUGUGAUUGGUUCAUCUGUAAUUUCCAUCAACCAAUGAAGCAGUGUGAUUGGCUGUCACUGAUUGCCCCUAUCAUCUGAUGUAUGAGAGCUUUAUAGCCUUUUAGUAUGUCCAUGUUUUCAUAUUGGACAUUUAUUACAAUUCCUUGGUAACUAUGUUACAAUGUAUUUAAAUUCUUUGAAUAAUGACAGUGCCAUAUAUUAAAGCUACGCUUCUACACUUCAGAGAGCAAAUAUUUUUGCCUCUUAGGUUUGUUACAAGAAAGUUAAUAUGAAAAGAAAUUGAUAUAUUACUUAAGCAUAUCAGUGAGUAUAUUUCAAUUAGAUGUCUAUACAAUUAAGAAAAAUCAAUUUUAUUCUUGCAAUUUAGGUUUCCUUAGUUUCUUUAUAAUUCUGAUUUUUUUUUUGUACAUCAGUUGUUGUUUCAUAAUGAGAUUCUCGAACUAUUUUCACUUAAAGUGAUGCUUACUUAGUUGAAGAAUAUCAUGAAUGAUUUAAAAUUUUACUAUUUGUAGCUUGCCUGUUUUGAAAAAAAAGUUUAGCUAUAUUAUGAUUGCAUAGGCGUUGUUGAUGUCCAAAAACUGUAAUUUACUUUAUCACUCCUUUUUUUAAAGGUAUUUAUUUGAAAUUUAGAUUACUUUCUUACCAUGACAAGAGGCAGUUGUAAGAUAAGGGGCAUAAUUCUGAAAGCUAUGUUUUGGAAUUAUGCCCCUUAUUGUUUUUGGAUUUAUGUCCCUUUUUAUACACAGAAAUGUUUUCAAAAAUGUUUAUUUUAACAGUAGAGCGUUAACACCACAUGCAGUGCUCUUGUUUAUACAAGUAUCUGAAAUUCAAACAAUGUUAUCAAUUUGAUAUAAAAUAAUAUAUAAUGUUUUGUUCAUAAUUUUCGUAAUAUAAAUUUGCUAAAUUUAACAUUUGUGUAUUUCUUGUAAGUGUUUGCUUUAAUAUACUCAACCAUUUUACAGUACUGGACACGCGAAACCCACACAUUUUGCAUGCUCGCAGGAACCCCCAUGCUUUGUACCUUGAGCAAAUUUGCAGCAAACAGACAAUUCCUGCAAAUUUAACUCGCUGCAAAUUUGCUGUGAAAGUAUGCUGUGCCUCACUGAGAAUAAUACAUGUAUAAUUAAGUAUGAACUUAAAACCAUUCAUAUUUAACAGAUAUACAUGUACAUAAAUUUAUUAGUUGUUGUAUCAAAGAAAUGUUGUAAUUAAUGUAAAUGCUUAUGUUCUUCAUUUAUAUUUGAUGUGUUCACAUAUGUGAAAUAGCUAAGAUGGGUAAAAUAUCAGAAAAUUGCGCCAUAGUCACCUGACCGUUAUUACUAUAUAUAUCUAUCAAAUGUUCCGGAUCUGCCAGCUGAAAUAUCUUUUUCAUUCUUCAAACUGCUCGGAUGGUAUAAUUUUUUUCUGGUUACUUUCUUUUCCUCCAUUAUAUUUACAUGUAUAACACAUAUAUAAAAGCACAUGAAAAUAAUGCACAUACCUAAAAAAUUCACUUCUGUGACCCCCAUAAUCUUGUCCUAUUUCACCGCUGAACUUGAUGUACAAUUUUGAGCUUGGUGAAAAUGAUGGUCUGAUUAUAGCCUGAAAGUACUUUUCAAAACAUUUAAUCUUGACACAAUAAGGGUUGAUCUUGUAUUUGGACAUAACACGUCGUUCUGGAAGUUCUUUAUAAUUUCUUCUGUAGAUUGUUCUGCAUCACAGCGUGGGUUAAAAUAAAGUUAGAAUCUGAAAUAAUUAAUUCUAACACUAACCGCGUUUUCUCCAAUAUAAACGAAGAUGGUUUUUAGGUCAGACUCCACUUAUUUAGUUUCCAUAAACUUUUUGAACCAAUCGGUGCUCUGAAAGCAAUUAGUGGAGUCUGACCUUAAGCGUUUUAAAAGUCCAACAUACCACACUACCUUCAAUAUACCACGCUGCAUGACGCUAUAUUGCCGAAAUGGUGAUUGAUUGUUACUGCGCAAAAAUAUAGUUCGAUAAGUUUUUCUUCAUUUUUUUAACACUUGUGUUAGAAUGGAAAUGGAUUUCACUUUUGCAUGGUCUAUCGUGUCACGAAAUUCAAAACAUCUUUUACUUCCAUGAUCGUGUUUAGACCACGGUUUGACAUUCAGAUGCUUGGUAAUUAAUCACUCAGGCCUCCCGCCUUUGUAAUUAAAUACUACAUGCAACUGAAACUCCACACCGUGGCCUAAACACAAUAUACCACUCUAGAUUAAAAUCUAUUCCCUAAACAUAUUUACUAUAAGGAUCUUUAAAAACACUACUACGAAUCAUAUCUGUAAAAACACUUGAUGUAUUAUUAUUAUUAUUAUUAUCAUUUUUAUCAUCUCUCUUGUUGAUGUGGUUUACACAUGUCCCAACUUGAAAACAAAAGUGUGAUAUCAAAACAUUGUGUUUUCGGGCUUUUGUCUUUGCGGUUGAGAGGGCGAAAACGCGAAAAACAGGAUAUGAGAACACGAUGCCAAAAAUAUUGAUGGGAGAUCGAGGGCUAAAAAGAGAAAACACGAUAUUAAUAGAGCGAUAACGCGAUAUUUUUCGCAUUGUGUUUUUCGCGAUCUCUUAUCGUGUUUUUUGCUUUUGACGUUUUGGUGUCAAGGUAUUGUGUUUUCACGAUUUCGCCCUUAGGGCUACAGGGCGAAACUGCGCUGGCCCUAAGGGAACACCGUACAUAACCAUUUCUUUUGGUAUUUCACCCCAUGAGUCAAUCACCCACUGGCAUACUGUUGAUAUCUCAGGUCGUUUCAAAUUGCCUGCUUUUGUCAGCUGUUUUUGUCCUUCAAUCAUCCACUUUUUCCACUUUUCUCUCAUGUUUGCCUUAAAGGGUUGUUAAACACACAUCCAUGGGCUGAAGUAUAGAAAUACAUCAACCUGGAAUAAUAGCUUGAUUAGUCCUUUUUUGUUUCAGAUUGUUUUUUACACUUUCCAACAAAUGAGUAUGGGACAUAUCCCAAAUAAGUAACAACUUUUUAUUAAGAAGAGCACCAGGUUGAUCAAACCAUACAUCGUUCAGCCAUUUCAUUAAGACAUUUUCAUAAACACAUCCUUUUUCUUGAACAUACACUACAAUAUCCUUUGAUAACUGUUCUUUUGGCAUAGUUUCCAUUUGAACACAAUAGCAGGCUUUAGUUUGGUACCGUCUCCUAAACAGGAUAGUACUACCAUAAAAUGAGAUUUUUCGGCCCCUGUUGUCUUCAUAGACACUGAUCUUGCCCACUUAAAAUCAACUGUCCGAUUUCCAGGCAUGUAAAAAAAGCAUUGGUGUCUGUCUAUAUUACCAAUACACCCUAGUAGCUCAAAUUUGUUGCUUUUUCAUAGAUCAAUGAUAAAUUUCUGAAAAGAAGUCACUUUAUCAUCGACAUCACUAGGCAGUUUCUGCGCAAUGUGAGUAUGUUGCCUUAAUGUCAGUCCAUGACUAUUGUGGAAACGGGUACACUGCCCUUUUGAUGCCUUAAAGUCAGAAUAACCAAAUUCCUCAGAGAGUUGAAGUGUUCUAAGAUGAAAUGUGGCACAUGUCACUAUAUAUAUCCAUUUUCUCUGAGUUCAAUGAUCCAAUGUUUUAACUUAUUUUCUAGUUCAUUGUAAGGUGAGAUAACGGUUCUUAGCUUCUUCACAGACUUGGAUGAUGUGUUCCUUUGAUCUCCAAUCACACAUCAUUUUUUCUGUUAUUCCAAACUUUCUCUCUCUUGCACAAUUAAUUUUUUUUUUGCAAACUCAAUUACAGUCAAUUUAAAUUUGACAUCAUAAGAUGCUCUUUUACAUUUAAGAGACAUGACUUCACUUAACAACACUGUCAGCAGUUAUAAAUAGUGUAAAACCUUGAAGUCUACAUUUCAUUGACAUUAAUUCAUUUUAAAAUCUAUUUUUAUUUGGCAGUUGAUCGGCAAUAUCUGGAAUUGGCGACCCUGCAGUUGACCUGUAAUUAACUUGUUACGAAAACAACUACCAUUUAAAUGUAAACAAAACUGUUGUUUGUAAUUUAUUUGUUAUUUGUUUCAGUCUUGUAUUAUUAACUUAAAACAGAGUAGAAGUUGUCUGAUUUUUGUUAAAUAUUUCAAAUUAAAUGUCAAUGUUACCUCUGGAAAGACUGCAAAGCCAUCGGGGCUAGGUCCGUUGGGAUGUGGCACUCACUCAAGAUCCAUCAGUUACAACUCAAAUUUGGUAUCCAAGGCUGUAUGUGCUGGUGCAUUAUCAUGAUGUAGUAGAAAUGUGUUGAUCAGACGACCCGGCCUCCAUAAUUUCUUCUAUGGUUUGACGCCUAUCUGUAUCAAGGCAUGUUUUGGCAUUCAAAUGUUUUAGAAGAUGUCAUUUCCAAUUACAACAAAACUUUAUGAUCAUGCAAUUUUAUUAUUUCUGCGUGUCCAUAAUUUUUACCAAUGUAAACAAUAUCGGCAUCUGGUGUUUCUAACAAUAUCAACAAAAAUUAACGGGAAUGCCGUCCACAAUUUAUAAAAAUUACUUAAAUGACAUCAUGGAAGAAACAUGUUUAGCAGGUUUUCUACAUUAGUUAUUAGUUUUUUAGCAAAAAAUAUAAAUUAUGAUGACUAACUGCGCUUUUCUACCAUGUACAAGAUGCUGUGUAUAUGCUUAUUUAAAAGCAAUGUUAAAUCAUUAUUUAUAAACAUAGUUAACUGUUCUUUUCAAAAUGUGUUGAUAAUAUUCUACAAGGGAUGCUGAUAAAAUUUCAUUACAAUACAUGUUGACAUUCAAGAGAUGUUUGAAAAGGCCACAAAAUUUUCAUUAGCCCCUUGUUUAUUCACUGUUUGCAAACACAAGCUUUCAAUGAGCAUAAUAAGAAGUUGUCUUUGUUUAUACACUUAUUGACUUUACAGUUGAGUGUAAGUUAGUCCAUUUUCUGUUAACACUGACUCCACUCGGGGCACUGCUCUGUUCUCCUUACCUUUACUCUUUACUACUCUCCUCAAUCUCUUGUUGAUGCGUAGAACCACAGCAUUCCACAGGGCCUGGUUCCUGGAUUCUUGAAACUAGAGAUCACAAUCUUAUGUAUCAUCUCUUUCUUUUGGAGACAUCUCUUCUGUUUUCCCCCUGUACCGUUCCAGUUGAACAAGAAGCCUUUAUUGGUAGGUCCAAAUAUCUCUGGAAGAAUAUUUGGCAGUAUAAGGGCGGCAAAAUGUCCUGGCGAGCUAGCUUCCCUUUGAAGCUGCCUUGUAACUUUGUCUGAAAGACAACUCACAGGUGGCUCUACCUUGGGUGAAAAAUUGGGUAAUACGGGCAUCUACUGAGACUGUUGGACCAUCAGUGUAUCAACCUUCGACUCAAUGUUGUUAAUUUUGUUGACUAGUUCAUUAUACCUUUUGUUAGCCAACUGUUGACUGCUGCAUACCCUAUCUAUGGCACCCUUCAUGGUCUUCAAAAUCUCCAUCAUUGAUGUGUGUUAGGACAUGGCAAAGCCCAUUCUUGGUGUUUCUGGUAGUUCACCUUUCUUGUUGUUUACUGUGUGGCACAGUCUUCAAUACUUUUGCUUUGUAUUAUAUGAAUUAUGAAUUAUACAGUUUACAUAUGAAUUAUGACUGUAUAUUCUUUACAGUAGUGCAAUGAAAACCUUUACCUGUACAUUGUAUACAUGUCUGUCCUCAUACUUGACAUUCGACUUUAACUGACGUUUGGUGUUUAAUUUACAAUAUACAAAAUAGUUAUAAAAUUUAAUGUCCUUUUCAUAAAGAUAUGGAAUUUUGGGCAAAUCGUUACUCCAGCAAUCUAAAUAGGAUGGAUGCACAAGGGUUUCUCCUAAAGGGGUGUUCAAUGGCUCACAUUCUCUUUUUUUGAGUGACCUGAAUGUUCGAUUCACAUUAAUGUUCGAUUAAAAGCAUUCCCAAUUUUCAUCACCCGCUCUAUUAAGUCAGACUUAUUUCCUGAUACAUGUUCUUUCACCCAGCUUCCAAUUGCUUUGUUUUCAAUUACAAAAUAUAUACAUUAUACAUAUACAGUAACAAAAGAUUAAUAUUCAUAUGUUCUAUGAUAUAUGUUCUUCGACUUGACGUGGAUUCUGAUAUGGUUUUGCGAACUUGCAUGCGGCGCUAAUUUACCGCAGCGUGUCCCGUCGCUUCAUGGAAUGCACUCGCGGCAUACAGCAACCUUUGUGGGUUUCGCGUGUUCAGUACUGUAUCACAGUUUUUUGUGAAGGAGGGUCAUUUUCUUAGGGUAAAGUAAAUCACUUAAUUUGUUUGUUUCAUGUAAUGUAUACAGAUCAUUAGAUCAACUUGUGGUUGUAUUCAUCUGUAGGUUUUUCAUCAAAAAUGCUUUUAGACAAUUUUGUGCUCAAGUUUUUAUACUGCUGGUGAAAAAUAAUAAGAACAAAAUUUUAAAGCUUUUAUACUGCACUAUCUUCAUUGUUAAACUGAGCUUGACUGUGGGUAAAAAAGUUAACUGAAAAACAAUAUUUUGUCACAGAUUGUAAAUUUUGUAGAAGCUUUUAGUAGACCAUUAACUUUGCCAAUACAUGUAUAUAUUUUUAAUUAUACACACAUUUUAAGCUCAACUUGGGUUAAAUUUAAAAAAAAACAGUUUUCUUUUCAACUGUACCGGCACAAUUUUUGUAUGUCUGUAAUGCAAGUGUUACAGGAUAAGGAUGUAUAAGGAGGGCAAUGUAACAAUUAAUGUGAGGUUGAUGUUGUUUAUAGAUAGAUAGCUUUUAUCAUAGGUUGUGAUGUUAAAAAAGAAGAAUUUUCACCCAGAACAUUUAAAACAAAAGACACCUUUGUUGAAUAUUUUGUUGUAUACUCCAAUGUUUUACUUGUCUUUUUAUAAUAUUGUGUAUAGUGCUGAAAAUAAUGUGAUAUUUAUAAAUUGGCCUCAAUGUGUGUACAUGUUGUGUUUAUGAAUGAUAUUUACAUGCCUAUUGUUUGCUUCACUGAUAAAUGUAUAAAAAUUAUAUUAAACUAGAAUAUAUUAUGCUAUAUUUCAUUAUAAACACUUAAAUAGUUCUUAGCAACAUAGUUAUAAUUUGGCCUAUGGAUUUUGAAACAAUGACAAAGUGAUUAAGGGGUUUCCAAUUGAACCUAGGGAUUUUGAGGUCACACCCUUAAAUAAGACAUUGGGGACUGAAUGACUUUAAUGUGUUGUUUUCAAAUAUGAAUUGAAAGAACUUUUUUGUAAACAAGAGUAUUUUUGAAUUUGUACAACUUUUCACCUGCAGCAGUAUAUCAGCCCUUUGCCAUCACCAUGAAACCAGGUCAGCCCUCACAUCUGUGCAGUCAAAUUAAACAGCAGGUUAAAGGUCAAACUACACUGCAGGUUGAAAACACAAUAGAAAACUACAAGUUAAAGUUUAAACUAAACUACAGGUUAAAGGUCAAACUAAACUUCAGGUUAAAAAUACAAUAAAAAACUGCUAGUUGAAAGUCAAACUUAACAGCAGGUUAAAGGUCAAACUAAACUGCAUGUUAAAGGUCAAAGUAAACUGCAAUUUGCAAACACAAUAACAAACUGCAAGUUGAAGGUCAAACUAAAUAGCAGGUUAAAGGUCAAACUAAACAACUGGUUAAAACACACUAAAAACUACAGGUUGAAGGUCAAGCUUAUAAACAGUAUGUUGAAGGUCAAACUAAACUAACGUCAAACCAAAAGUAGUCUAAUAAAAGUCACUCUUAAAGUGUUAGAGCUAUGACAGUGUUCCAUUGAACUUUCAGAUUGUAGAGUGCACCUUCAUUACUAGACAAGGCUUUUAUUAUAAUAUUUUAACACUAUAAUUAUAUAGGUGAGGAGGGAAGGUUAUAAAUAACUUAGAUUUAUGUCAGUGUAUUUACAUGUAAAUUCAAUUUUCUCACAUUAACUAUGUUAAACUUUUUUGUUGAAUUGAAAGUAAGCUUUUCAAAAGAGCACAGGUAGGAUUGGCUAUUAUAAAUACAUUGUUAGUUUGUAUGUCAUUUAAAAAGUAUUUUAGUUGAGCCUUAGUGAGCACUCUAUAGAAUCUGAAUUGUUUUAUUGUAAAUAUUUUCUAAAAUUGUUUAAAAAAAUAGUGUUAGUGAUAAUAAUCCUUUUAGUGAUUUGAUUAUGAUACAGACAGGCCUAAGCCAGCAGUAGAGAAUGGUGAGUCUUCAUGUCUAUACUGUAUUCAUCAACAAGUCUCUAAUUCCUCUAUGAUACAUCUUGCUGACCAGUUCCUUACUUGUAAUACUCAUCACAAAUACUUUGAAUCCUCUCUUAUUUACUGUAAUAUUUAAAUUCCUUUUUUAUUCAUUAUAUAAGCCGUAAUUUCUCACCAAGUCAUAUUCAUCUCAAAGGCAUAAACUAUUCCUAGACAUAUUUAUUUUAUCACUUUACAGUCCUAUACAUCCAUAAAACUUAAAUAUCUCCCAUUGGACAUCUUAAAUAUUUACUAAAUUCCUCUAUAUUUUAUCAAUAUUAUAUAAAUUCCUCAUUUAUUCACACUUGAAACUUAAAUUCGUCACAAACAAAGAAAUGAAAUCUUUCCAUAUACUUCUAGGAAUCCUUAUUUUGUCAUAUUUUAUUAAUGAAUUCAUUUCUUAUUCUUCAUUACAUCACUUCUUUGUACAUUCACUCCCCUAUCACUUAGAUAUACUAGAUUUACUGGUAGUACAUUCUCUCAUAUGAACAUGAAAUUUAGUCGACUUUAUUUAAUUUAUUAAAUGCCUAAUCCUGAAACCAACACACCAUUUUAUUCGUGAGACAUUGUAUCUCCAUUACAAAGGCAUAUGAUAUUCCCUGCUUCUAUUCCUAUUUUUCAAAAACACCUACAAUUCUUCAUUAUUAUCUCAAUUUCUUUAUUUCAUAGACAGUUUUUCCUACACAAAUACAAUGUUGUUUUCUAAUACAUAUUUCCCUUCUUCCACCAUGUGAGCACACACUCACUUUUUUAUCUCAUAGACAUUUUCUUUUUGUACCCCUUAAAGAUACACCCUCACUAUGUAUAUGUAGUCCCUCUUCGCUGUGGAUUUGAGUCCCAUCAGGGACUUCGUAUUCUUUUCCAGUUUUGUGUGUUCCUUUUAAGCUCAAAUUGUCCCUCCUUUUCUUUUGCCAUCUGUGUUUCAAGUUCAGUAAGUUUCUUUUUCAAUUUAGCAUGUUCCAUUUUAGUUUCAAAUUUUCCCUCCUUUUCUUUAGGCUUUCAGUUCUGUGAGCUUUUUCUUCAGUUGUCUUUGAUCUAAUUCAAAUUUAAAUUUUCCCUUAGAAACCUUAUUACCAUUGGAUGACAUAUUGUCUGCCAUUACAAAAGCUCAACUGUGUUUAAGUGAGCUAAAAAAAGGUGGAGAACAUGGCCCCUGCUUGUGAUGGCUCUUGUUGAAUACCUGGUCUCUUUGCAUUGCCAUGUUUCUGUUUUUAUUUUACCUGGACAGCUUGCUCUUUCAACAAGUUUACCAGAUUUUAUACUGUUUGCUGCUGCAUAUUAACAUUCAGUAAAUGUACCUUUCAUUUACAAUAAACAAGCUCAAUGGUAAAGCUUGGCAAGUCCUUUACACAAUAUGAGCAGCAAAAAGUUUAGAAUGUUUUAGAUACAAUACUCACUAGUGUUUCCAAACAUUGAUUUAUGUGGAUUAGAAUAUUAGGCAAUGAAAGAAUUUUAUGUCUUAGGUAGACUCUUUUUAUUUGAAAACCAUGUUAAGAGUUAUAAUAUAGUAUAUUUUAUAUAGUGUGUCUUUAUAUAUUCACAUGUAGUAGGAAGCUUAGUCCAGGGAUGUAGGUUAGUAUUGAAGCUACUUAAUGGAAUGCUAGUGAUCCCACAAGGUGUCUGUUUGUGUUUAGAUUUUUAAAAAAUGGUAAAGAAGGUCUUUCUCCACCAUUAAAGUUGGAUAGUCUCAGUGUGACUUGAACAGUUUCUAUGUGAUUUAAAAACUGAAACACAUGGACAUUGAAACAGGAAAAUGGGUGUUGUAAAUACAGGGCAAAUUGUUAGCACCAUUUCCAUAAAACAUUUUUCAUCAAAUUCAUGCAUAAUAUUGUUUUUAAUCAAAAAGGCAAAAUUAAUCAUUCAUUUAUAUUUUACGGUUUAUGACACAUACAAAACCCAGUUCUAUUGUACUAAAAUAUGUAAAACUUUAAUAGCAACCAAUGAUAUUUUCUUCAUUGAAGUAGGUUCCAUAGAGACAUAAAUUUAAAGGUCCUGUAACUCAAUUUUUUUCAUGGUUUUAUAUCAUAAAUACGAUGCUCAAAUGAUUAUUUAUCAAUAUUGUAAGUGCCAAAAUACAUUAUUUGUAAAGAUAUUACCGAAUUAACAUUUCAUGUAGAUAAAGGGAGGUAAGUAGAAAUUUGUUUUCGAUAAAGUCUAAGCCAAAUUUUUCAAUAAGAAAUGAAUGCAUAUAUUUUAAUGAUUAAUUAUAAUGCGUAUAAAAAUUUGCAGUACAUAUGAAACAUAAAUUUGGAUGUUUGGAAAUUGUUUUAGAAGAAUAAUUAUAUACAUUUAUAAAUUUUCAGCAAGUGUUGUUACAUCAAGAAUUACAACAUACAGGGUCUUGAAAUGUUUAUGUUUUAGAUGCAUGUAGUAACUGAUCUUUUUAAGUUGUAACAUGAUCUUGAAAACUAUUUGAUAAAUACAGUACAUAUCACUGGCCUUUGAGUAUCUUUGUUUUUAAGUCCCAGAAGGGUCAUACUCUAUCUAGUUAGUCAUCAAGUUGGCUAACACAGAAUCUUAAGUUAUAUCUAGGUAAGUAGAGGGUUUAUAAAGACAUGAAAUGACAAACUUGUUGGUGCCUGUCUGUAUCAUUAGAAAUUUAUAUACCGGUAUACUGUAUAGGGCUAAUGUCUUGAUAAUGAUAUACAUUGUAUCAUUGAUAUAUUCAACAUUUGCUUUGAUUUUUACAAUUCAGAAUAUUGAUACAAAAUGAAAACCCUUUUUCUCCCUGUCUUGUUGAAACAUCUAUCUUGUUGGAAGUGAGAAGUCACUUCUCACCCUUUUCUUGGCUAUUGAUAUAUUUUUGAUGAUUAAAUAAGCAUGUAUAAUACAUGAUUAAAGUUUAUAACAUGUAUUUGAAUUAUUUCACAGUACCAGCUAUGUAGUUUGAUAUAUGUCAAUGUAUUGCCGAUACUUUGUUUUUGGGUUUGUACAUCCUGAGCAUGAGACUUCCAAGUUAGGAAAAGGGUCAAUUUCAAUUUAUUUUUAGUAAUAAAAAAUAAUUAUAAAUCUUUAAAAAAAUUUAUUCAUGCAAUUUUUUCCUGUAUUUUUUCACCACAAUGUGCAUAUGUUUUGUGAUCAUGAUGUAUGCAUUUCAAUAAUUAUUUUAACAUCAUCUUUUUUAAUGCUGAUGAUUGGAUUUUGACCUUGGGCGAUCCCCUAUCAAAGUUAUUGGAAUGGUUUGGGUUGGUUACUUAAGUAUGUCACAGGGCCAAAAACAGGUUUAGAAAAUCAAAUUUCAAAAAGGUCAAAAGUUUAGGUCACUGUUGCAUUGACCAUUAAAAACUUUUCCAGUGUAUUUUGAGAAAACGAUUGGCCUACAUUCUUUAGAGUUGUAUUUAAAAUGGUCAGUUGAUGACCCAUAUUGGUUUUGAGGUAAGUUGGUCAAGGUCACAUUUGCCUUGACCAUUAAAAGCUUGUCCAACCAGUACUGAGACAAUGUUUCUGCCAAGAGUCCAAGAUUUAGUGCAAAGUUUGAUCAUGAUAUUGAGAGGACCACUAUUGAUUUUACAGUCAGUUGCCCUAAGGUCAAGGUCAAAAUUGCAUUGAAUUAUAGCUUGUCUGACCAGUAACUAGAAAAUGCUUUGGCUUACAGAUUUAAGAUUUGUUGUACACGCUUGUCUUCACUCUUGACAAACUAGUACAUAAUCAACUUUGAUGCCAGUCAGUCAAACUUCAAAGUGGGUUUGUACUAAAAGCCAACCAAUAAUAGCAACAGAAUAAUUUAGCCCAUGGUCAUUACAUUCAGUUUGUUGAGAAUGCUUUGGCCUAUAUUCAUAAUGUUUGUCAUGACCAGUAGAUCACCCCAAUCUGUUUUUAGGUCCGACAUCAAAGAUCAAGGUCAAAAUCACUAUAAAGCUUGACCAUAAAAUAAUUGUCAUACCAAUCACAUGAAAAAGGUUUGGCUUUCAGUCCAAAGUUUUGUUUUUGAGGUUAGUCAUGACUAGCAGAUGACCCCUGUUGACUUUGUGAUCAGUAGAUCAACAUCACUAUUAUUGUUUAACUAAUAAACUUUAGAAUGCUUUGGCCUACACUAGAACUGUGAACAAUCUAGCUAUUCUUUGCUGUUAUAUUUGUGAUACAUGAUCACAUUUUGUGAGCUUUAUUCCCAGGGCAGUAUAUCCUGUUAACUUUAAUUACAGCAUUUCUCUCCUACACCAUUCUGUUCUGGGCUGAAUGCUUUGUGGCCAAUGACCCCAUACUUACUAUUUUGAAUGCCGUUUGUCUUGUAGCUUACAAUUGUUUGUUCUGUAUCUAAAAUCAAUCUAUUGUCAUAUAAAUAUCAAUAUAUUGUCAUGAUUUGUUAAUUUUACAUUAACACCGUUAUAUUUUGUGCAUCUUAUCUAGUCAUUUGUUGAUUUUAUGCUUGUUUUAUAAAUACACACAUUGCUAAAGACA